UCUCUUUCACUUCAGAGUGGUGCCAGUCCAUUUUAAAAUCUAAACUGAUGGACGCCAUUCGUGUGUGAAGCUGUGAAGUGUUCGCAAAGUAUUUGGUGUUUUUUUUAUUUUAAGCUAAAUCAAAUUUUCUUCCCCUAAGGAAAAUGAUUAAUUUUCCCAUGAUCAUUCGAAAUCCGACCAAGUAAAACACGUUUCCGUGCAUAGAACGCAAUAAUGUCGCAUGCGUUAUAGAAAAAGAAAACUCCAAUUGUUCGACCAGGAACAAAAUUAUUAUUAAAUUAAACAACAAAAGAAAAAUAAAGAAAUGAAAGAUACAUUUUUGUUUCCUUGUUUUUUAUUUUUCCUUCAAAUUAUUUAAAAUUUUUAAAAAUUGUGCCAUAGUGUUGUGUGUGCUGAACGAAAAAUAGAAAUUGAGGAGAAAAUGUGAGAACACACGAGGAGAAUAGAGAAAACUUUGUGAUGUGAUAAAUAGAAUUUAUAUAGGAAGAAGAAUAACAGUUUCUGUUUCCGUGAGAUCGAGAAUUUCCUACAAUAAUUUUGUGUCUUGUGGUAUUUUUUUUCGGUUUGUUGAAAUCCCAUUCGACAUCCACUGAAAUACAUAAAACGGAUAGCAAGCAAAUAAUUAAAAAUGAGAGUCAAAUUACAAAUGAAUCGCAGUUAGCAGCAGGCAUCGUUUUUUGAUCUUGCAUCAGAAACUUUAACAUUUACAAAAAAAGAAGUAAAAAGUUUCAGUAAUGAAACCAAAUUUUAAUCCGAAUUUUAUGGCAGCUACAUUUGUUUAGCAUCUUAAAAAUCUAUAGAAAUCCACAAAUAAACCAGCAAAUAAGAAUAAAUGUUGGAACUUCCGUCGUCAUUACCACCCGUACAACAACAACCGCCCUUACAAAGAAAGGUGUCGUUUGCGGUGCAGUUGCUAGCGUCCACAUCAUUGCUAUCGUCUUUGAAACUAAUAAACGCAUCUCCAGCAGGAAACCUAAUACCAACAACUAAAAGAACAAGAACAAGGUCAAUAGCACUGAACCAAAGACCGUCUCCUAUGUUACGGUUUUCGAGAGAAACAACUUUGUCGUCAUAUUUAUUGUCGUCAUUAUCGUUAUUGAAUUUGUUGUCGCUGUCAUCGUUUUCAUCAACAAAUAGAACAAAUGAGUUCCUUCCAAAACGUUAAACUUAUUUCAACAAUAAUUCAACAAUUAUUCAACACCAAGAACAAGAAGAACAACAAAAAUUCACCACUUUUUGUAUUUGAACAAGACAAGGAACAAGUGCAUCAACUUCAAGAAAUUAAUCAAAACUCAACAAUUGUGAUCAAAUCAAAAGAUAGACAAAACAUAACCAGAAAGAAAGAAGCAUCCAAUUUAGCUGUAAGCGUUAGCGCCAGUAGAACAUUAAUAGGAAACAACACUAACGCUACCACGACGGAGAAUAAAGGAGAAAACGUAUUUUUAAUUUUUUACAAAAUGGCAAAUACUUUAUCAGUAUUGAUACGAAAUGUUGUCAGCAAGAAGCGCCGACGAUACACGGAAGGUGGCUUUAACUUGGACUUAGCUUAUAUUUGUGACAAUAUAAUUGCUAUGGGGUACCCAGGAGAAUACAUUCAAAGUGUGUUCAGAAAUCCCAUGAACGAUGUUUGUCACUUUUUCGAAGUCACACACCCAGAGCACUAUAAAGUCUAUAAUUUGCGCUCGGAAAAAGCUUACGAUGUCAACAAGUUUCAUGGUAGAGUUUCAGUGUAUGCGUUUGAGGACCAUAAUCCGCCAACAAUAGAACUGAUAGAUAAAUUUUGUAACGACGUAGAUCGUUGGCUAAAGACAGAUCCGAAUAAUGUUGCAGCUAUUCACUGUAAAGCUGGGAAAGGACGAACAGGAACAAUGAUUUGUUGUUAUUUGUUGUACAGUGGAAUUAAAACGAGAGCUGAGGAUGCACUUGCUUACUAUGGCGAAAAACGAACGAUGAACAAGAAAGGUGUAACGAUACCAUCCCAGAGGCGAUAUGUCCAUUAUUAUGCGAGACUGAUACGAUCGAAACUAAAAUAUGAGAGGCAAACGCUUCAGCUUUGCGGAAUUCGAUUCACACCUGCGACCGUGUUACAGGGCACUGUGCAAUGUUCAAUAUCGACAAUGGAAGAAAUUGAUUGCACAGAAACUCGAACAUCGAACAUUUCUGCGGGAUCUUGGACGAAAGUUACAGUAAAAGAACUGGACAGAUUUCCCAUAGAUUUUCGCAAAACACAUACUUUAGAACUGGAUGAACAGAAAGUGUUUGUUACUGGUGAUGUAAAAGUUGAAUUAAAGAAAAUCUUUCAUUUUUGGUUCAACUCGUAUUUUGUUUGUAAUACUGCCGUUACUGAAGGCGAUGGAGAGGAUAUGAAACUGAUUUACACACUUCCUAAAAAGGAAAUAGAUGAUGCUCACAAGGAUAAGGAACAUAAAUUGUUUUCUGAAGAUUUUAAGGUACAACUUGUGCUUAAACAAGUCUCCCCGCACUUUCAUAAUAAUGAUGACAGAAGUGACACCGCACUGCUUCGCCAGCACAAAAUUCAUAACAACCACGUGAAUAGCUUAACAACACACAAUGCCAAUAAGCUUACCUAUGAAUCAUCGUCGCCAAUACCAACAUCAAGUAAAAGUGGCGAUCCAACUUUUGAUGCUUUUCAUAAUUUAAUACAACAUCCAACAAUAGAACGAAGUAGAAAACCAACAAGUAUGCCACCAUUUGCACCGCCACACGGCGGUAAUAAUAGUGGCGGUAUUGCUGGUGGAAGUAGCAACAAUAUGCAUCUAAAUCACAAUAUGCAAAUGCGCCAUCAGCAGCAACAACAAUUGCAACAGAAACGCAGUAGUGAACCAACGCCGUCCGUAAAUCCCGAAUUAAUAAACCGAUCAAAUAAUAAAAAUCACAAUAGUAGUAGUCAUCAUCUACAACAACAACAACAGCAGCAACAGCAACAACAACAAUUGCUACAGCAGCAUACCCACCUCCAUCAUUAUCAGCAUCACCAGCACCACGAACAGCAGCAGCAGCAUCAGCAACAGCAGCAGCAGCAACAGCAAAUUGUGCUGAAUGCACCGAAGCAAUCGUCACAACAACAAAACAGCAGUAAUAUCCAUAAUACGAGCAGUAAUAGCAAUAGCAGUAGUAGCAGCAGCAUUAGCAGCCAGUCGACGUCUUCAUCGUCUUCAGCUGGCGUGGAAGGCGGUGGUGGCGGCAAUGAGGAGGACUGGGAAUCCGGUGAGUCUUCCAAAACUACUUCCACUUCUACUACCUUUACCACUACAACAACUACUACUCCUACCACAACUUCAUAUUUUCCAUAUAAACGUUUAGUAAGUCAGCCUGAUGAUGAUGAUGAUAGAAAUUCAAAUAAAAUAAAAAAUAAAAAUAAAAACAAGAAACAAGAUGAUGAUAGUCAUAGUGGUGUGCCCCUGAUCAGUUCUCAUAGUACCACAAGCACCACUACCACGACAAAAUCUUCAGCCAAUGCAGACAUAAUCACCAACACUAUUACCACAACAACAACAACAGCCAUGAGCCACAAAUGCGGCCAUCCUUUCCCCACUUUUCCACUACAAUCCUCAUCACCGUCGUUGGUGUCAAGUUUAAAAACGCUUCACGAAGAAAAGAUGCCACCUACACCGACACCAACACAAAAAUUCGAAGAAAGCCUUCCAUUUUCAAUUCCCUUACCUCUGCCAGCUGCUCCGUACCCAUCAUCUUCAAAUGGUCUCAAUCUAGCCUAUCCAAAACUUAACAUCACCCAAACAAUACCACCACCACCGGCGGCAACGCCUAUUAAAUCUCGUCACUUAAAUUUCUUUCAUAGAAAAUGCCACGAAACACCGUGCUUUUCCGACACUUGCAUUCAGAUAAAGUCUCCUACGACUACAACGAUGACGACGUCCACAACGACCACCAUCACUCCUACAAAAUGCACAACAGCCCGUGACAAAUUCCUCAAACUCAUCAAUAGUCAACGUUUUAAAGCAAAAGCUAUUAGCCCGGCUCUGGGUUCAAGUCUGGCCAUAAAUUGUGCUGGCGGUGUUUCUUCUCCAGCAGCACAAACUCAGCAACUCCUCAAGAAAAAGAAAGUCAAAAGUAAACAAAUUCCACCGACAAAGAAAACUUUUCAAUGGCUUCAAAGUUACUUCAAAGUCGAUCCGGAUUUUCACGAGAACCUCUCGCAGCAAACGACCAUACCGAUGAUGGGCCGACGCAACAGUGCGAGUAGUGUUACUGGUCGUAUACAUUUGAAUUCCAUCGGUAGUGCUGCAAGCGGAGGAGGAACAAGAGCAGGCUCUGUAGAAAAGGGUGGUCUACUCCUGGAGUCUAUAGAGGAUGAUUUACAUUUUGUUGGCAUUGGUUCAAAAAACCGCCUAGACAAGGCUAGUUUAGAAGGUGGUGGUGAGGCUUCCAUUGUAAUGGAAUAUCGCUUCAGAGCACCCACAAAUGAUAGCGCUGAAUUGAAUACAAUAUUACUUGGCACCUCACCCGCUAACAAGGCUAUCCGUAAUAUUGUUGAUAUAGGAACACAGCUAAACCCAUUAACUCCCGCUAGAAAUUUGGAAUUCACAUAUGGCAAUCGUGAGUCAAAAAACCAUCAGCCAUCACCUUUAGAUGGAAACUUAAAAUGCAAUGCAAGCUCCUCUCAUCUAUUCUCCAGUGAUGAUCAAAAAGCGUCAAAGGGUAGCAAUAAUAAUUUAAUGCAUGAUCUAUGUGUUCCCUAUUCGAAUAUGUAUUUAGAGUCCGAAUUAGAAAACAGUGCUGCAAACACUGAGUACAAUCACGAUGGCUACUACUCAUCCAAAUGUGAUAAUCAAUUGAGUCCUAAAAACUCUUCAAGCAAAUGUCCUCGUUCCCACUCGGAUAUUCUCGAUCUCAAGCCGGCCAUAACACAUCAAAUGCUCCUGCGGCAAGUGGAGGAGCAUUUGUUGCCUACAACAAGUGCCGCCGCCACAAAAAAAAGUGAUGGAAUUGUGAUUGCCAAGCCAAUCGACUCUCAAUCGAUUGGAUUCAAUUUAGAAACAGUUUCUCCUCCUUCUGCUUCUGUUUCUUCUCCUUCUUCUUCUUCUUCUUGUCCUUCUCGUUCUCCUUCUAUUUCUUCUGUUCCUGCUUCCAAUCCCAAUCCCAAUCAAAUUCAAAAUCCUCCUGAUGAAGAUUGCGAUGUGUUCGAUUCAUCGUCGACCUUUAAAGCAACUCCAGCUAGGCGGAAAACAUAUGUUGAUUCCGUUCUCAAUUUAACGAUAAUUAAAACCGAUAACUCAGAAACGUGUGGCGCUGGUAGUUGUGGUGAUGUUGGUGAUUAUAACGACAGCUGCUGUACAAGUGAAGUUGCCUCACGUAAACCCAAAACUGGUGGAAGCAGUAGCAGCAGCAGUGGCUACUGCUGCACCAGCGAGGGCAGCCAAAGUAUCAGUUCGACCAGCAGCAGUGGUGUGGUGGAUAACAUAAGCAGCAGUAGCACCUCUUUUAGUUUAGAACGAAAUAGUUUAGACGGUGGCAGCAACACUGUUAUGGUUGUAGAUUCAAAGAAAAAACUAUCCCUUCCAACGCCUGAAAUUGAGAAGGGUGCUGGUGAAAUUGGUAUAACGAACAAUCGAAGCAGUAGUUAUAGUUAUAAUCGUAAUAUUAAUUUAAAUAAUAAUAAUCAUAGCAAUAUUAGUACAUUUUUAGAAUCGACAUCCAUGCCGGCGUCGUCGUCGUUGUCAUCGUCGAGUAGUAGUUCAAUCGAUAAAUAACGACUAACAUUUUUUAGUAGUUGGUUUCUUUUAUUCGUUUUCGAUUUCGUUUAUAUUUUUAUAAUUUUUUUUUUUAAGCCAAUCCGUAUCAACUACUGAUUUAUUAUUAAAAAGAAUAAUUGUCUGUCUCUCUCAUCCCAUUAUAAUUAUUUUCCUCUCUCACACUUUCUCCCCCCUUUUUCUCAAUAAAUAAAUAAAUAAAAUUGAAAUCAAAAAAAUAUAUAUUCUAUAUACAGAAACGAAUUACAUUGAUUUUUAUUUUAAGUUGUUUAAUUAAUAAAAAUGAAAAAAAGAAAAAGAAGGCGAAAACAAAAAUAGUUCGUUAUUUUUUCUGUUGUUGUUUGUUUUAUUAUUAAUUAUUAUCUUUGUUAUUUAAAUUUUCUGGAUUUAGUGCUAAAAAAAAACAAACGUUUUCUUUUUUUGAUGAUUCUGUAUACAAAUUUAUUAUGAUAAAUAUCUAUUUUUUAAAAGAAAAAGAACACACACAAUAUUUUUGAGGAAGUUACAAUAAUUCAAAAAAAAAACAAAGAAAUGUCAUCUGU